UAAUACCAUAGCAGUCCCUCAUUCUCGUCAUGUCACGUUUCUCUCGGCACCUCGAACUCAACACACUCGUCGAAACUCUGGAUCUGUUCUUCUUCUGCUUCUGAGAGACAACAUCCUAUUAUCUUCUCAAUCUCAUUCUCUACCAGAGAGUAAACCCUAAGAACAAAGAAAUAUGGUUUACACCAUCUCGGGAAUUCGAUUUCCGGUUUUUCCUUCGCUGCACAACUUGAGCUUCCGUGGCGAUCGCAGAACUGCGUCUCUUCCCGUUUUUCUCCGAAACAACUCCUUCUCUCGGAAAACCCUUGCUGUAAAAUCUUCCCAUGAUUCUGAUUCCUUGUCUUCUGCGAUUGCCGAAUCUGAUAAAGUACUUAUUCCUCAAGAUCAAGAUAACUCUGCAUCCUUGACAGAUCAACUUGAAACUCCUGAUAUAACCUCAGAGGAUGCACAGAAUUUAGAGGAUUUAACCAUGGAAGAUGAGGAUAAAUACAACAUUAGUGAAGCAGCUAGCGGUUACAGACAGAUUGAAGAUGGACAGGGCUCUGUUGUAUCAUCACUUGUAGAUGUGAGCAUUCCGGCCAAGAAGAUGUCGGUAUCUGUUGGUAGGAAAGCAAAGAUAGUAAGUGAUGAAGUUAAACCUAAGAUCAUUCCCCCACCUGGCGCUGGGCAGAAAAUAUAUGAGAUAGAUCCAUCUUUGCUAGCUCACCGUGAGCAUCUUGAUUUCCGUUAUGGACAAUACAAAAGAUUGCGUUAUGAAAUUGACAAGCAUGAAGGCGGUCUGGAUACAUUUUCACGUGGUUAUGAAAAAUUUGGCUUCCAACGCAGUGCUACAGGCAUUACUUACAGAGAGUGGGCACCUGGAGCUAAGUCGGCAGCAUUAAUUGGAGACUUCAACAAUUGGAAUCCAAAUGCAGAUGUAAUGACCAAGAAUGAAUUUGGUGUGUGGGAGAUCUUCUUGCCGAACAAUGUGGAUGGUUCACCACCAAUUCCUCAUGGUUCUCGGGUCAAGAUCCGCAUGGAUACGCCCUCUGGAAUCAAGGACUCAAUUCCUGCUUGGAUUAAGUUUUCUGUACAGGCACCUGGUGAAAUUCCAUAUAGCGGAAUAUACUAUGAUCCCCCAGAAGAGGAAAAAUAUGUCUUCAAACAUCCACUGCCAAAGAGACCAAAAUCACUUAGAAUAUAUGAGUCACACAUCGGAAUGAGUAGUCCGGAGCCAAAAAUCAACACAUAUGUCAAUUUUAGAGAUGAUGUAUUGCCUCGAAUUAAAAGGCUUGGCUAUAAUGCUGUCCAGAUUAUGGCUAUCCAAGAACAUUCUUAUUAUGCAAGCUUUGGGUACCAUGUUACAAAUUUCUUCGCACCUAGCAGCAGAUUUGGAACUCCAGAGGAACUUAAGUCUCUGAUAGACAGAGCCCAUGAACUGGGUCUGCUUGUUCUGAUGGAUAUUGUACACAGCCAUGCAUCAAAUAAUACAUUGGAUGGGCUGAACAUGUUUGAUGGAACUGAUGGUCAUUACUUCCAUCCUGGGUCACGAGGUUAUCAUUGGAUGUGGGAUUCUCGCCUUUUUAACUACGGAAGCUGGGAAGUUCUAAGGUAUCUACUCUCGAAUUCAAGAUGGUGGCUGGAUGAAUACAAGUUUGAUGGAUUUCGAUUUGAUGGUGUUACAUCAAUGAUGUACACUCAUCAUGGAUUGGAGGUAGCAUUUACUGGAAAUUACAAUGAGUAUUUUGGUUUUGCAACUGAUGUUGAUGCUGUGAUUUACCUGAUGCUGACUAAUGAUGUCAUUCAUGGGCUGUUCCCUGAGGCUGUUACAAUUGGUGAAGAUGUGAGUGGAAUGCCAACAUUCUGCCUUCCUACGCAAGAUGGUGGGGUUGGCUUUGAUUAUCGCCUGCACAUGGCCAUUGCAGACAAGUGGAUUGAGAUUCUCAAGAAGAAUGAUGAAGACUGGAAAAUGGGUGAUAUUGUCCACACAUUAACAAACAGAAGGUGGCUGGAAAAAUGUGUAGCUUAUGCUGAAAGUCAUGACCAGGCCUUGGUUGGUGACAAGACAAUUGCAUUUUGGUUGAUGGACAAGGAUAUGUAUGACUUCAUGGCUUUAGACAGACCAUCCACACCUAUUAUAGAUCGUGGUAUAGCGUUGCACAAAAUGAUUAGGCUUAUUACCAUGGGUCUUGGUGGUGAAGGGUAUUUGAAUUUUAUGGGGAAUGAAUUUGGCCAUCCUGAGUGGAUUGAUUUUCCAAGGGGUGAUCAACAUCUUCCUACUGGCGUAAUAGUUCCAGGGAAUAACAACAGUUUUGAUAAAUGCAGGCGUAGAUUUGACUUGGGUGAUGCGGACUAUCUAAGAUAUCGAGGGAUGCAAGAAUUUGAUCAGGCCAUGCAGCAUCUAGAAGAAAAGUUUGGUUUCAUGACUGCUGAGCACCAAUAUAUUUCACGGAAAAAUGAAGGUGACAAAAUUAUAGUCUUCGAAAGGGGCAACCUCAUCUUUGUCUUCAAUUUUCAUUGGAACAACAGCUAUUCAGAUUACAGAGUUGGCUGUUCAACCCCUGGGAAAUAUAAGAUUGUCUUGGAUUCAGAUGAUGCCUUGUUCGGUGGCUUCAGUCGGCUCAAUCACACUGCUGAGUACUUCACCUCAGAAGGAUGGUAUGAUGACCGACCUCGAUCCUUUCUUAUCUAUGCACCUUCUAGAACAGCAGUGGUUUAUGCCCUUGCAGAUGAUGUUGAACCUACCCUAGCAGAUGAAGCUGAACCUGCCCUAGCAGAUGAAGCUGAACCAGAGCCAGUUGAUCCUUGAUGACAAUUUUCUGGGAUGCUGAAAUGUUACAAGUGCACAACGGCAUGGAUGCAGUAAAUCCCUAAUCAAACUAGCCAACCAACGUCUGGUGGAUUAACCGACACUGAAACAACAAAGAAGCUGAAUUGAAGUGGAAUAAAUAAAGCGCUAGUUCAUCUUUAGUUGAGAGCAGGAGACUAGCCUCGAAAUCUUGUACAUGUGCCUUGCUAGGUAAUAAGUUGUGAUAUCACACCCAUCUUCCUGUUUUUACUUUUUAGGAUUUAACGUCUUGACAUGUAUAAGUUGCGUCACGAUUGACAAAUGUGAAUCAACAAAGCUAUGGUCCGCGAACCUGAGACUCAAUGUACCUAUGCACGUAUCAAUCUUCAUAAAGUGCUUACUCUGUUUAAGAGUUGGAAGGAUUUUACCGUGGGAAAUUUUGCAGGAGGCUUUUAUAGAUGUUUCCUUUAGAUUAUUUUUAUUUAUUGGUUAACUGUUUCCUUUAUAUUUAAAAGUUGAGUUGUAGCAAUUCAAAGUAUUCUAUGCAGUGUAAUAAAGACAAUGUACACGGUCAUAAAAAAAAUUAAAUAAUUGCCUACUGUAUC